UCCGGUAGAUGGCGUUCAGAGUCACGCUAUUGUUAAUUCAUAAUAAUAGUAUCGAAAAUGUAACUUAUAGUAGUGUAUUAAAGUCACACGUUAGCUGUAUAAGGUAGGUGUACUUAUUAAAUGUUUGGGUUUAUCUAUUAGACGUCUAACCGGAAUAAAGAAUGGCCAACCUUAUUGCACUCAUCUCGAUUAAAUGCAUGCUAUUUUAUGGACUGCUGGCAUUAGGUGAAAACAAAACAUGUGUAAACAACUGUAUCUGUGAUUGGAAGAGUAACACUGCUGACUGUAGUUCUAGGAAACUUAAAGUCAUUCCAGAUUUUGGUGUCAGUUCAGCUACUAUUCAACUCCUUGAUCUAUCCCACAACGCUAUUGAGACUCUUCAAAGUGAGAGCUUUAGGAAUUUCACAAAUUUAACUUCGUUGCAUUUAGAAUUCAACAAUAUAUCGAAAGUCGAAGAAGGUGCAUUUAAACAUUUGACAAAAUUGACUGAUUUGAGAAUAAACAACAACAUACUAACUGUGAUUAAACCAGAGAUUUUUGUUAAUUUGAACCUAAAAUACUUGUAUCUUGGUCAUAAUAAAAUAGAACACAUAGAAGAUAUUGCCUUCACAAAUCUUCCUAAUCUUGAAUUGAUAGAUUUAGAAAGCAAUUUUCUUUCAUCAAUACGUGAAAAUUCAUUUAGUAUUCUUCCAUCACUUAAGGAUUUUUAUAUUCAAAACAAUCGUUUAUCUGCAGUGCCGACUUCAUUUUUCUCUCGAACUCCCCGAUUAGAUUUUUUAUUGAUGAACAAUAAUACGAUAUCAGCAAUAGAUGCAUAUGCAUUUAAAAGUUGUUCGAAGUUAAGGAAAUUGCAUUUAUCAAGUAAUACAAUCAAAGCGAUUCACCCUCAAGGAUUUAGUAUUCCAGCAGAAAAUUCGACUAUUCUGUCAUUAAACCUACAGUAUCUUCAUAUGGCCAACAACACAUUUGAAGAAGUACCAACAGCAAUAAAUUCUAUACCUUCUUUGAUUUAUCUUGACCUCAGCAUGAACUUAUUUAAAUCCGUGCGCCCGUCUUCUUUUGGAUCACUUCGUCGUCUUAGAAGUUUGCACUUGUCACGCAUUAAAGAUUUGGAAUCCAUUGAAUCAAAAGGGUUUGCUGGUCUAAUGGCACUAACGCAAUUGUUUAUGACAAACAACAAAAAACUCCAGGACAUUCCAAUAGAUGCAUUUCCUGAUUCAUACACUCUGCAAACCAUUUUUCUCGAGGGUAAUGCUCUGAAGACCUUACAUGAGAAUAUGCUUAACUGGGACAAUUUGAAACUAUUAAAAAUAGGCCAAAACAAUUUUUCCUGCUCGUGUGAUUUAAUUUGGAUACAAACAAGUAAACUUUUGCAAGAAAGUGGCACUCGGCAGACUCUCGAAAAAUCAACGUGCGCAUUGAAUAAACAGACAAAAUAUAUAUUAAAGCUGAAUGCAGUUGAAAUGAAAUGUCCCAUCAAGCAGACGUCACAUAAUGACGCUAAAACGCGUUUAAUCACAGGGCUUAUUGCUGCUAGCAUAUCUUCAUGUGCGCUUAUCGUGUGCCUCGUAUUGAUAUCAUGUAGACGGAAUGUAUACAGUAAAUACAUACAGUUUAAAUAUCACAGACAUCUAGAUGAAGCACUAUUUACAGUUGAAGACCCCAAGUCUAAAACAAAAAUGUUUUCAAAUAAAUCUCUGAUCCGAAACAAACGCUCAAGAGAGGAAACAUUGAUGUAAAAUACGUGGAAAUGUAGAAAGUCAUAUAGGUUUUGUAUGGUGCUGUUGUCUUUAUGCCCCACCUACGAUAGUAGAGGGGCAUUAUGUUUUCUGGUCUGUGUGUCCGUUCGUCCGCUCGUCCCGCUUCAGGUUAAAGUUUUUGGUCAAGGUAGGUUUUGAUGAAGUUGAAGUCCAAUCAAUUUAAACUAAGAACACAUGUUCCCUAUGAUAUGAUCUUUCUAAUUUUAAUUCCAAAUUAGAGAUUUUACCCCAAUUACACUGUCCACUGAACAUGAAAAUGAUAGUGCGAGUGGGGCAUCCGUGUACUUGGAACACAUUCGUGUUGUAUAUGUAUGCUUGUUAAAAACUAAAGGAUGCCGUAGCAGUUUUAUUAUGAAAGAUGUUAUCAACAUGGGGGAAACUUUAAGGUGAUUAAUUAUUUAAAUUUUUGUUUAUCUAAUGAAUCUAACACCAUGUGCUUUUUAAUGGCCGAUUUUGUGAAACAUAACUAUGAGACGGAUUUCUUUUCAUUUAAGCCAUUAUAAACCAAAAAAUAGUAGAUUCAAAUAAGUAUUGUAUUACUUGUGCACCUUUGCAAUACGCUGUUAUGUCACAUUUGUGACAGAAGAUAAUUCACGAGGUGAAUGCCACUAAAAAAAGAAAUUGAUGCCUUUAGCAAAUAUACUUUAACAGAGCCGAGGCAUAGAAAAAAUCUAGUUGGCCUUUAUAGACAUUGAUGUUGUAAUACAUACAAUAGCAGGCUGUUGCGCAUAGGAUCUACCCAUUACAAUAUUUACUUGACCUUUAUCGUCACUGUGCUAUUGUGCUACGGUAAUUUUUUGUAUUCUUGUUUUUCAUUUUUUUUGCUAAUGUGCUAUUUCUAUAUGCCAUUUUGUUUUUCUUUGUUGACAUAUUUUUUUGUUUUUAUUGUGAUUAAGAUUAUAACACAAUUAUGACUGCUGAUCCAUAUUUUUUAUAUUUUUUAACAUCAAUAUCUGUUUGGUUUGUUCACGCUUUGUCCUAAAUAUAGUGGAAUUCUAUGCGACUGUCAUACAAGAGAGAGGUUUUAUACUAAGCUUUAAAACCAGCUUUAAUUCACCAUAUUCUUCAUAAAGAUAUGCAUUUACAAAGUCAGAUAGGAAUAUGACAGUAGUUUUUCAUUCGUUUUAUGUGUUUAAUUUUUGAAUUUUGCAAUUAAUAAAGGACUUUCUGUUUUGAAUUUUACUUUUUAUUGUUGGAGUCCACGAUAAACACGUAUCCAAUAAUUGUUGAUCGAAUGAUAGACGUAGAUGUAAAUUUGUCCAUUAUGAUAAUUGGUUGCAAAGUAGGCAAUAUACAAUUUAAGAGGCGUGGCCUUCGUGUGUUCUUUAAGAUUAUUGUUUCAAAAGUCCCAUUUUUCCACUAGUGUGUUCUGAUAUAAACGUAUGUCAUAAUUCCAGGAAAUGACAUCCACCUGAUGCAUUUAAGUAUUCACAUUUAAGUUUUUUAUUAAUUAUUAUUUAUUUCCCGACACAUAUUUUAUAACUUUUCCGCAAUAUUUUUGUCAUUUGUACAUUGUAAUAUAUAACCACUCGGAUUGUCACGGAAUAGAAGUUCCUUUAUAACAUAAGUUCCAAAAGGAAAAUAUAUUCUAGAAUAUUAUUUCCACAAGUAUAAAUAUUACAGUAUAUGUUCCUAACGGAAUAAAUGAUAUAGAAUAUUUGUUCCAACAGGUAUAGAUAUUAUGAGAAUGUUGAUAACAAAGCUUCCAUUGGAACUUCUGUUAGGUGGAACAAUACAUGUUGACAGGAGAACUAAUGAAUAUUGUGUAUUGUGUAUUUGAUAUAUUUAUUAUAUUCGUAUCUGCUUCGAACUUUUCAACGGAUCUUAUAAUUGUAUAUUGUAUAAACUCGCAUUUACAGUCUGAGACAUAUUUGGUUCAAAAUCUAUAAUGUACAACGUAAAAACAUAAAAUCUAUAAUGUACAACGUAAAAACAUAAAAUCUAUAAUGUACAACGUAAAAACAUAUAUAUAUAUAUAUAUAUAACCAACGUUAAAUCAAAGAUGCACACGUGUGAAUUCUAUAAUGUGGAUAACACAUUGCUCUGCGUUUGAUUAGCUGUGUUUCACUUCCACGUCCGUCCAAAAUAUAGUAACAUGUAUAUGAAUGAGAGAGAGAGAGAGAAGAUGCUCAUGUGUUUAAUGACUGAUUUUAUUUUAGUAUUGCCUAAACGUUUUUGUCCUUCGGGAUAUAUUUUGUGGUGUUGUGUUUUUUUUUAAAUUAUUUUUCAGUAUUAAUUGUUUAUAUUUGAAUUACUAUGUUCAAUUCACUUUAACUUUUAAAAGAUAUCAACAAUAUUAAAUAUCAUUUACAAAACCCGCUGCAAAUUAAGGACUAUGCACUACCAUCCGCCAUUCUAUAGAUAUGAAUGUUGUUUUAAAGUAGUUGUAUUUUUUGUAGUUUGAAAAAUAGGAUUAUGUUUUUUUGAAUAUGAAUGUUAUAUUUCAUUAAGUUUUAUGCUUUUUACCGAGUCCAUCUUUUUUCAUUCUUUGAAUCAUUAUAAAAUCUAAUUACUUUGCUUUUGCUUUUGCUUUCAAAGGCAUGCCUUGUUUUUAUUAUCUUAUGCAAUUAAUUAUAAAAAAUAUUUGAUUUUUUAAUAUUUUCUGUUUUCUAUUCAUUGUCAGGUUAAAAUCAGCUAGUCCUGAUGUUCUCCAACUUCGUAAAUAACCUGUUUCAUUUUUUUCUUUGAGCCUCACGAAAUAGCCCGAAAGUGGCACUUAAAAGUAGCGUUAAAACAACAAAAAUCAAUUAAUCAAUUUUCGGUAUUCAAUAUUCUAAGGACAAGACAAGACAAGACAAUAGGAUGUUUUCAGAACAAAACAUGAUUUAAGAAUGUCAUACAACCAAGAUAUUUCUUAAUUACCAAACGUCUUAUAAACUAGAAACUAAGAACAAUUGUUAUUCAUAACAUAAUGCACACAUUAUACUAGUUUAUUAGCAAGCUCUGAUAUAUGUAUUUUGAAAAUAUUGAAAACACUUUCUACUUGUGCAUCUUCAUUAUCAUGCGCGAUAUGUCUUGAAUAUAAAACAAAUUCAAGCAUAUCGAUAUUCAUUUUAAA